ACGUUCACGAGAUCAAGACUGGAACUGAUUGGCAAGAUGCUUUGAACCACGCCGUUAGAAACUGCUCUGUUUUUGUACCUCUGAUAACAUCGAUGUACGGAAAAACCCAGUGGACUAACAGAGAGAUAAAAUUAGCAGAUAUGUUGAGGAAGGUUAUUAUUCCAGUAAACUUUGUGGACACUUGGCCUCCUGAAUGUCUUGCUAUCCAGUUUGCCACAACCCAGUAUAUUCCAUGGAAAGCUCCAGAAAAUGCACAUGAAAAGGGUGAACUGGAGUCAAAAUCGAGUAUUUCAAAAAGCUGGGAUGAUACAAACAUGAAACGAGUAUCAAGAGAAAUAGCAGAGCACUGCAAGACGAUUUUAAAAAUACGAGUGAGACGGAGAAUUUCUUCAAAAUCAAAAAAAAGACCUGUCUCUACCCCGGUGACAAGUUCUAUUGAUGAAUUUCCUAGCACACAGUUAAGUUCUAUCAGUGAAAGUCCCGAAAAGAAGAACAGGCAGUUUGUUGUGAUCUGUGUUCAUCCCAAGCAAAAGAGUAUAGCGGAGCAACUAAGGGCACUGUUUGAAGAGGAAGAGCUAGAAGUUUGGUGUUCCAUUGACGGAUUAGACCUUGUAGAAGAAACGUUUGAGAGUGAUGGGUUUCUUCCAUCAACUCCUCAGGAUCUAAUACCAAUUCCAGAAGAAAAAAUCUCCUCCAGGGAUGAGAAUUAUGUCAACAGAAAAAUCUCUGGUUCUUCUUCUCAGACAGAAUCUGUUGGUAAAGGAAGGGUUCCUCUGUUCCGGGUAAUGUCCAACAUGGUUGAUAUUAGUCCAAGCUGCUUUGUCUCUCCAGAAAGGGUGGAGUGGUUGAAGACAUUUCAACAGAAGGUUGACCAAAGUGGUGUUGUAGUAGUAGUGGUGUCUGAAGAUUAUACCAAGUCAAGGAUAUCUCAGCAGCAGAUAUUCUACAUAGAACACAGAAAGCAGAUCUUGCUGGUUAAAGCUGAUAACAGCCAAGUUCCAAAAUGGUUCACUAUGUUAACAGGAAAUGAUGUCAUCACAAAUAUAGGAAGUGAACAGUCUAUCACGGCUUUAAAGAUGCGGGUGAAGCGAGCACUCAAUCCAGACACCUCUGUCACGCCAAAAGACGGUACAGUUGAGGCAAAGAUGAAUUAUCUUGUGAAAUUUCUAACAAAGAAUACACCACAACUGGAUAACUGUGUAUUUGUCACUGGCAGCAGUAAACUGCGUAACCCUAGAACAGAGGAAAUUUGUAGGGCUAUCGGACGGGAACUAGCGAAGGUCAAGGAUCUUCAAGUAGUGACUGGUGGAAGUCUUGGAGCACCAGAUGUUAUUGCAAAGACGUUUUUUGAUGCCAAAGAAAACAAUCUGAUCUCUACAUCAAAUCAGUCUUCUGUUCAACACGUUCUUCCAAUGAAAGAUUUGGAAGUGUCUCCCACUGCUCGACAGAACUACGAUGGUAGCUUUGAUGCUGUGCCGUACGGGAAAACUUUGUUUCUUGGCGAUUCUCUGAAGGAGCGAGAUACAGCCGUGGCCCGCAUGCUGGAUACCUGUAUUGUUGUAGAAGGAGGCCCAAAUGCAGCUCACAUAGUGACAGAAUUCCUCUGGAAUGAUCAUUUUGUUAUACCAGUCUUUUCAACGGGUGGAGCAGCUGGUGGUCAGUUUGGAGUUCCAGUGAAUUUGUUUGAGAACCCACCAGCAGUGUCCGAGGCAGACUGGACGGUACUUUCUGAUAAGGAGGCUACUCCAGAUGACGUAGCAAGAGCUGUUGUGAACAUUGUGGGGUCAUUAAAACGGUCCAUAGCGUCACAUUCUAGAACCCCGGAAAAACCUUCCAGAAAUAAGCUGAAGUCCAAAAGCAGGAAAAUACGAGAAUCACAGAGAAAAAAACUCAUUAUGCAAGAGCAAGUCACAGAAAUUGAGUCACUAAGAAUACAAAAAAGACACAAUAGUGAAGAACCUCUUGCAGGCUGGACAUCUAACUCUGUACACAAAGGAAAAAUGUUUCGACUGCCUGCUUUUCUCAAGAAAUUACACAAUGCCAAAGCAAAGUAGUGGAGAGGUAUUACCUUCCUCGGAUCAGCUCCACAGCACACGACACACCAAAAAUUAUGGUACAAACUGUGAUGGUUCACUUUGUUUGUAAUUUUUUACAUUUCCACUUUUAGCAACAAAUUAAAUGACUGUGAUGCACAAUGCUCAAGGUAUAUCUUGCGUAAACACGUGUUCGUAUGUAGUGUAUUUCACCAAGUGCAGCUUUGCAACAAAGCAUGUGUAUUUUUCCUUUAUUUCUGCGAGUUCCUAUACAUUUUAAGACACUGCAAAUUCUAAUGAAAUAUUUGUUUGGUAGCCUGGUAUUGCUUAGUGGUGUGAGCUUGCCACACCAUGCAGCCGAGGGUCUGUGGUUUGCAUCCAAUUUCCAAGAAAAAUGCACUAUAUAUUUUAGAGCUACGGGUGGAACCAGCUGCCUUCCUUCUAAUCUGUCAGUUCAAAAUGUUGGAUAGUUAGUGCAGAUAUUUCUCAUUUAACCAUUUACAAAAAGUACACACAAAUAUUUACUGACUUGCAAACAUUUGUAGCUCUAAGUACUGUAUAUUUGACUUCCUGUUACAUCACAAGAUACCGGUGUUGUGAACAGCAUAACAGUACUUUUUAUGUGUAGCAAGUGUACAUAAGAAGCAUGGUUGGUUUGUGCCUAGCCCUAACCUCACACAGUGGGUUUUGUUUCAUGAACCUAUUUAUGUUCUAGUUUUGCAAAUAACUUCCCCAGCUUUUUUUUUUUUAUUUAAUGCAACAGGUCACAAAUAAAUUAAUCUAACCAUAACCCCCAUUUUGAUAGGUUUAAAACUAGGUCUUUAAGAGUCAACAUCGGCUGACGGUGGACUGCAGAAACAUGUGCUAGGUUGUUAUUUUUUUUGUCUGCAAACAUUGAAUCACAAAUGGCACAAAAUUGCUGUCAGGUUACUACUUAUUUUUCAGUAAAGAAGAUUGAAAAUUCUAAGGGCUAUUGUAAAACAUUAGAAUAUUGACUACUGGGCAAAAGUUUAUUGCAAAUGAAAUUAAUUUUUAUGCAUUAGGAAUAAUGAAGUACAAUCAUACACUUACAUUUUUGCUUUGUAUAAAUUUAAUACUCGGAAACAAAGCAUUUUCACAGUCUGGCAUAAACCAACAAAAAUAAAUAUCCAGCCACCUGGAGAAAAUGUUUGGCAAGUUUUGAUCUCAUAUAUAGCAAUGCUAGUCUAGAAAUGUAAUCAAAUUUUUCAAGGUUGAUAUAAACAGUAGCUAUGAACAGGUUAUUCCAACCUUAAAAACCCGACACCUCUGUUCGGCAACUUUGCUGCUUGGACUCUUAAAAAAUAAGAAACUUCACUAAUUCCACAUCUACCGAUUGAUCCGUUCAGAUAUGUGAAAAAAUAUGUCUAAAUUAUUUAUAAUUCGAGUUACUUGUGGGUCCAUGACCCCUAAUAUUAAGAGUUGCCCAAAAAUACCAUUACUGUUGUAAUUAAUUGUAACUGAGUUUCCAAUAUAUUUUACAUAGAAAGUGAGUGAUCUGACACUAUUUUAUU